AAAAGCUGUUGACCAUCAAUCUCGUCAAUCAGACGAAUCUCGAGGCCAAGAGACUACGGAUGGUGUUAGAUUCACGCACAAGCUCGCUAUAUGUCAUUUCUGCGAGAUUUCUCUACACGUUUUUUACUUACGACUUUAAAUUUUUUAUUUUUAUUUUUAAUGUAAAUCGCUUUGGCUCCAAUUUGUUUUUCGUUUGGGGCGGGUGGUUCACCGUUUCAAUCUUGUUUUGUUUUAGGUUCUUCUGUUGAAUUCAAAUAUCGGAAGAAAUUUUUGAAAAGGAGGAGGAUGGCGUCCGGUUCAGAGCAGGGGUUAGAUACCGCGACCGAAGAUUACGAUUCGUUGAUUGCAACGACAGAUGUUGAGCUGUUGAAGCAGGCAUGGCGGAACGAAAAGGCCGCUCCGGAAAUUCUUCAGUUUCAGGCCAGUCUGAUACAGAGGUCUAGAGAACAAAUUCAAUUGAUGGAAGAUACUGUGGAGGAAUUUACUGAAAAUGGUACCGAUCCUUUAACAGUGUCUCUUUAUCAGAUGGACUUGGAUAGAACUCAGUUUCUACUGAGAUCGUAUCUUCGGAUCCGUCUUCAAAAGAUUGAGAAGUACAUGAUCCACAUCUCAAGAACCAAUGAAUUAUGGAACCGGCUUUCAGAACAGGAACAAAGGUUUGCUAAAAGGUGUACCGAUGACAUGGAAAAGCAUCUAAAACAAUCUGUUCUGUCACGAUUACCUUAUGGUUAUCAGUCCAUUCUAAAGCAAUCCAUAUCGAGUGAAGAAGAUGACAUGGUCCCAGAGCCUCAGUUGGACACAUUCGUCUUUUGCAAGAGCAAGGGAUCAGUGGGAGCUUUCCAGCUCGAUGACAGUGGGGAUGAGAUCGUGGACCUAGUUGGUGAUGAUCUAUAUGUGCUUCGUUACAAGUCGAUAAAAGCACUAGUGGAAAGAGGGCAAAUUGACCUUGUCUAAAACUAUUCGGAAUCUAAUUUCAUGUAUGUGCCAUUGCUGAUGAAUAUGUGUAACAGAUUGUUGGUGACAUUGUCAUGUCUUGAGAAUUCUUAUACUCCAAUUGUCCAUUUUUCAUCCAUGGUAACUGGUAAUUAAACGGUACUUUGUUCA